GCAGUCAUUCGUUUGCAGAUCGAACAGAGUGACGCAAUGGCACCGAAAGCAAGUGGUAAGGCAGUGAAGAAAGCGGGCAAGGCCCAGAAGAACAUCACCAAGGGUGACAAGAAGAAGAAGCGCAGGAGGAAGGAAUCCUACGCCAUCUACAUCUACAAAGUCUUGAAGCAAGUUCACCCCGACACCGGAGUUUCCUCCAAGGCUAUGUCUAUCAUGAACUCCUUCGUCAACGACAUCUUCGAGCGUAUCGCCGCCGAAGCUAGCCGUCUCUCCCACUACAACAAGAGGUCCACCAUCACCUCCCGGGAGAUCCAGACUGCUGUCAGGCUCCUCCUCCCCGGUGAAUUGGCCAAGCACGCCGUCUCGGAAGGAACCAAGGCUGUCACCAAGUACACCAGCUCGAAGUAGAUUUUCUCUUCAUCCGGCUCC